UCGCCGCGUGCCUACCCGCGGGGGAGUGGCAGCGGGGAGGGCCGGCUGGCCGGCGCUCGCGCUCUCCCGGUGGGCGCGGCUUCCCGGGAGCCGGGCUCUUUAGGCGCCGUGAGGUUGAACGGGGCGGCGGGCAGGGCCGGCGAGGUCAGGCUCGUGGCUGAAGCACCGCCUCAUCCUCCUCCGCCGUCCUGGAAGUGAAAACCCCGCCUUCAUCCCACGUGGGGCCGGCCCCAGCCCCUCAUCUCCUGCUCUCGAUCCUCUGGGGUCUCUCUUUCCCAGGAGGCCAUGGAUGCCUCGACGCCUUUGCCUCCCGUACCCCCCUCCCCGAGCUGCAACCCAGCCCCACGGACGAUCCAGAUCGAGUUCCCUCAGCACAGCUCGUUGCUGCUGGAAGCCCUGAACCGCCACAGGCUGGAGGGAAAGUUCUGUGAUGUGUCGCUCCUAGUGCAGGGCCGGGAACUUAGGGCUCACAAAGCAGUGCUGGCCGCUGCCUCUCCUUACUUCCAUGACAAACUUCUUCUGGGGGACGCGCCGCGCCUCACUCUGCCCAGCGUCAUUGAGGCUGAUGCUUUCGAGGGGCUGCUCCAGCUCAUUUAUUCAGGGCGCCUGCGCCUGCCGCUGGACGCUCUCCCUGCCCACCUCCUUGUGGCCAGUGGCCUCCAGAUGUGGCAAGUCGUAGAUCAGUGCUCAGAGAUUCUUAGAGAACUCGAAACCUCAGGUGGGAUUUCAACCCGUGGGUCGACCGCUUGCCACGCGCCUCUUGCCACCACAUCCUCUGCAGGAGCCUGGUGCAUUCGCUCUUCCCCUUUCCAGACCCCAGUGCCGUCUUCCGCUUCUACCGAGAGUCCUGUUGGAGGGGAUGAGAGUGAACUGGGAGAUGUGUUACAGAUUCAAGUUGAGGAAGAGGAGGAGGAGGAAGAAGAAGAAGAGGAGGAGGAGGAGGAGGACCAGGGCUCAGCAGCCCCCUCUCAGACUCCUCAACCUCAGAGAGUGUCAGGGGGUUUUCCCCGCCCUCAUGGAUCCCACCCACUGCCCCUUUCCACUGCUCCCCGCAGACUUCCAGAUGGUGAGAGUGCACCCCUUGAGCCUCCUGCCCCUCAUACUGCACUGCCCCCCAAAAUCUUUUACAUUAAGCAGGAACCCUUUGAGCCUAAGGAGGAGAUACCAGGAGGUGGAACUCAGUCUGGAGGAGCAAAGGAGGAGACCACAGUAUUUGCUGGAGGGGACGCAGAAGGGAAUGGGGGGCUAGGGUUCUUGCUGCCCUCAGGAGCAGGGGCAACAUCUGGAGGAGGGAGUUCAUCUUGGAAACCAGUGGAUCUUCACGGGAAUGAAAUCCUGUCAGGAGGUGGGGGACCUGGGGGAGCGGGGCAGGCCGUGCACGGGCCUGUGAAGCUAGGAGGGGCACCCCCUGCAGAUGGAAAACGCUUUGGUUGCUUGUGUGGGAAGCGGUUUGCAGUGAAGCCAAAGCGUGACCGGCACAUCAUGCUGACCUUCAGCCUUCGGCCCUUUGGCUGUGGCAUCUGCAACAAGCGCUUCAAGCUGAAGCACCAUCUGACAGAGCACAUGAAGACCCAUGCCGGAGCCCUGCACGCGUGUCCCCACUGUGGCCGUCGGUUCCGAGUUCAUGCCUGUUUCCUUCGCCACCGGGACCUCUGCAAGGGCCAGGGCUGGGCCACUGCUCACUGGACUUACAAGUGACUGUGGAGGCCAAAACUAACUUCCAGUACACGAGAGCCACUGCUGCUGACGGAUCCUUACCCUCGCUACCAUGGCACCCCAAUCCUGGAUCUUGUAAUCAUGCCAAGAGGAUAGAUGCAUUAUGGACCUCUUGCUCUUGGGUGUGGGCCUCAACCUAGCAGAUUUGGAAACUCAGAUUUCUUGUCUCACCCCCGGUUUUUGCUAACAAUCCUACAAGAAAGUGGUUUACAGGCCAUAAGUAAAUUGAUCGCUUGCCCAUAAUAGACCUUUUCCUACAGGAAACCAGAUUUCAGAUUAGAAGUUUUAUUUGAUGAGAGAAGAGUUAGAACAAAAAGACAUAGUGAUAAAUGUUUCAUUCGAACUCCAUGAGAUGGUCAAGGAGCUAGUCUCCAUCUAGGGAUUUGUUUGGUUCAGAGUUCUAGUAAUUCAGAGACUAAGCUCUAAGUUUUUCCACUCCCUCAUCAUUGCUGAAAUAAUGUGAGCAGAGUUCUCUUUAUGUACUUUUUUUGUUGUAUCUUUCUAGAAGCCCCUCAGAUCAUAACUUGCUUUCUCACCAGUAGAUACCUUCCCAACACCUUUAUUUUUUAUGUUGUAGUUGAGCACUUUAACAAAUUGAGCAUUCCACAUGACAUUCCUAGAAUCCUCUUUAAUAGAGGGUUUUCCCUCAACAGCUUGUGCCUCUUGUCUACCUUUGACCACCACUGAUCACUCAUAUAUUGAUCACAGUUACUGGAAUAUGACCAGUGAACUCAGGAGAUGGCAACUGACCUAAAAUGCUCUCAGGGUAGCACCACUGCUCUGAACAAGUGGCCGUGGUCAGAGGGACUCAGGGCUGAGACAGGGCAUGCUGAAGGCUGAAGAGUAACUGUGCGGUGGGACCACACUGCCUCCCUUUCCAUCCCCACCUACACAGGACAGCCCCUUGGUUGAGAGGUAGAAGGGUAGAUAUUGGAAUGGGGAGAUUAUCACAGGUUACUUAAUUUCUUAAAAUAAACUGUCCUGAAAUCCAAGUUGA